AUGAAAAUAUCUGCCUUCAAAAGGGAGGUCGGAAGGCUACCGAUAACUGCAGAUCACGCAGUGAGCCUUGAGUGGAUGAAGGAUCACAGAAGGUUUGAAGGCAACGUUGCAGCGGACAAAUUGGCUAAAACAUGCGCCAUGGCUAGGGAAUUCAUAGUCAUCUCCUCGGACAUAUUUGUAUUCAUUUCUGGUGAAAAGCGUAUUAGACUCCAACUCAACUUCAUAUCUGAAGCCAUGAAGGCUGUAGACCGUUGA